CUGGACAGGCCAAUCGUUUGAACAGGCAGUUUUGGCUGUUGGUGGUCUUUCUUACUUAAUUCAUUAUGCAACCGCGCUCACAAGUAUCACGGCGUACGAGAUCCACGCCUUUGCGAAAUGAAACGUUACUUGAUUCGUCAUCACCGCCGCUUCAAAGCCCUUUGCAGACUCCAUCGCGCAUCUCAGAUAUAUCCAUAUCACCCAUACCUCUGAACCAUUCUCAGUACCUACCCUCUAAUCUAUCUGAAGCGUCCCGCUCAUCGAUCAGCCUAACGCCGCUAGCGGUCAGACAUGCCGGCUUGGUUUCGCAGGCAAAUGACUCUCUGAUUAUACCUUCAAGUCCUACAACGCAUAGUCAGUUCCUGUACGAUCCGACCUCACAUCGACACCCAUUUGAAAAAGCUUCCAUAGCUGACCCAUUUUCUCAACCAACAACCGAGGAAAGAUUGAGAAUUUUACGACACGAUGCGUUGCAGCAGCACCUGUACGAGACCGCUGCGUACUUUGGUGAAAAGGUGGUAGCGAAGACAGGCGAUACAAAUGACGUGUAUUGGCUAGCGCAGGUGUACCAUCAAUCCGGACAAUUCGAUAGAGCAGCGGAUCUACUUAAGAAGAAGAAAACGUGGAGCGAGAGUGUGGCAUGUCGGUUUUUAGCUGCUCAAUGUGCGAUUGAAUUAGAAAAUUGGAAGGAUGCCCUCGAUCUUCUUGGUCACGAUAAUCCGUUCGCAAACAAAGAUUUUCAUCACGUACCUACUACGGACGGUGGUAUAAAGUUAGAGGCAUCGAUGUGCUAUGUACGUGGUCAAGCACACAUGAAGCUUGGCGACACUGCGAAAGCGAAGGCAUGUUUUAAAGAGGCACUCAUUGUCGAUGUGAAAUGCUACAAUGCGCUGGAUGCAUUGCUGUCAUAUAAUAUGUUUGAGGAGCACUUGGAAUGGGAUUUCAUCCAUGGAUUGCCAUACCAGGACCAGUGUGGGGACGACGCAGAUCUUUUCCGAUCAUUGUAUAUAAUUAAAUUAAAAAAGUAUUCACACCAGCACGCGGUAGCCGAAGCCCAAAAUAAGGUCGAGCGCGUAUAUGGAUUAGGAAACAGUGUGGAUGUAAUGCAAAGUCGGGUGGAGACGCUUUUAGCUCAGAGUAAAUUCGAGGACUGCUUGGCCAUGUGUAAAAGAAUUCGACGAGAGGAUGAGUUCAAUACUGCUCAUGUUCCUGCUUACCUGACAUGCUUGUAUGAACUCAAAAAAAAGACGGAACUAUUCGAGUUUGCCAACGAACUCGUCAAGCAAAUCCCACAAGCUGAAGUCACUUGGUAUGGUGUCGGCAUGUAUUAUUUCUUCAUCAAGAAUUAUGCAGAGGCACGCCGAUAUUUCAGCCAAGUCACGACAAUGAAUCAAUAUUUCGCACCAGCUUGGCUGGCAUUCGGUCACACUUUUGCGGUGGAAAAGGAGCACGACCAAGCUAUUAGUGCCUACGCAACGAGUGCUCGUUUAAUCCCUGGUUCUCACCUACCCCUCAUGUACCUCGGUAUGCAAUACAUGGAUGAGAAUAUCAUGGAAGUUGCAUACGACUACUUGCAGCAAAGCCUCGCUUUGUGUGAUAAUGACCCGUUUUUGUUGAACGAGCUUGCUGUGUAUCACUAUUCCAUGCAUGAAUAUGAUCAAGCUCUUGAAUAUUUGGAAAAAGCGGAGGAGCUUGCAAAGGGUCAUCAAAGUGAGAAAGGCAUUAUCUGGGAAAAACUUUGGUGCAACUUUGGACAUGUUCAUAGGAAGCUAAGGAACUACGAGAAAUCAUUCUACUACUUGAGCAAGGUGUUAUCUGUCAACCCCAAGAACUCGGAUGCUCACGCUUCUAUUGGCAUGAUUUACCACCUCAAAGGCAAGAUUGGUGAUGCCAUAGCCAAGUACCAUGAAGCCUUGAAGAACAGUAACACCGAAGUCAUUGUCACCGAACUUUUAGAAAAAGCAUUACAGAGAAGUGCAGAUUCGACAUUGGAUAUCGUGUUGAGUGAGGAUCCUGAUGCUACAAUCGACAGUGGUGGCUUUGAUGUGGAUAUUGAGAAUUGGGACAUGUCCAAGGCCGCGCCUGAACGGCCACGACGAAUUCUUCAAACUCCCAAACUGAGAAGCAAUGAAAAAUCCAACACAACGGAUGGAAACAAUGAAGUAGAAUACGAUGCCGAGGCUGAUGAUACCGAGAUUUUACAAAUGGAACAAGGCGAGGAUCCUUUCCUUGUUGAUCAUGGAGAUUUGGAUCCAAAUGUAUCAGGGACCUUCUUUCUACAUAAGCUGCGUGCUUCCAAUAGCCCCAGUACUUCGGCUGGUAGCAAACGCAAACAUUCGCAAUAAGACACUCACACUAUACCCCCUCAUAUAUUGUAAUUAAAGUAGUUAUUACACAC